GUUUCCCUUCUCUAAGUUUGUAUAGGUGUUCUGUGGGUGUAGCAUGCGUGUAGCACCUGCACAUAUCCGUUUAACUAACGUGCCUUUACAAGCUCAAUGCUCCUUAACAUUAAAGGACCUUUGUCUUUGCCCGUGUGACAGGGGAAUUAAUAGGUUCAGUUGUUUAACCCUCCGUAGGCGCUCAUGCUCGCCUUCUAAUGGCUGCUUCAGCUACUUCGAUCGAACCGCUGUUUCUACCAUCUAGAAAUCGAAGUAAAAAAGACAAAGAGACCAAUGAAGUGGCCUGCAUUUUCUGUGACAUUGCGUUUCAUGUCAACAAGACAAGUAACUUCCAAAACUUGUUGACACACCUGCUAAACGCGCACAAGUUUGUCAUCACCAAUUUCAGUGGCGUUGCUGAUCCUCAAGGAUAUUUUGCGUAUUGGAAAGAGCGGUUUCGAGAGAUUGCCGAUAUCAGAGAAGUAUGCGUGGCAAUGAAAAGUAACAGUGGCCAGAGUGAUGUCGGAACGAGCGAAUUCUACUUUUUGCUUUCUGAUAAGCUACCUGAAGACGACGAUAUUCGCAGGAAACUUCGCAAGUCAAAGCUGGAUGAUGUGCUUGCAAGCCAAGAACUUGAAAGGUCUGACACGUCCUUCAGAAGAACGUGCUUGUUUUGCAAGCAGAUUUUCACUGAAAACAGGGCCACACUUCUCAAUCACAUGGCUCGUGACCACAACUUCAGUGUCGGAAGACCUGAUAAUUUAGUUUAUGUUGAAGACUUUCUUGACGUCUUGGAAGACAAACUGAACAAACUGCAGUGCUUGUACUGUGAGAAGACGUUCAAAGACUGGCAGACAUUGAAAGAGCACAUGCGGAAAAAACAGCACAAGAAGAUAAAUCCUCACAAUAGAGUUUAUGACAAAUACUAUGUCAUCAAUUACACCUGCAUUCAUUACAGGAGGGGAGUUACUGCACCUUACUGUGGUGCCUUGCAGGAACACGGAAGCCUGAAAUUAACUGAGCAAGAUGAAGACAUGGAGCCAGUGAAUGACAAACCUGACGAAUUUGAGGACUGGGAAGAUGAAAGUGAAGAAACAAGCCUCAUAUGCCUGAUGUGCAGCGAAGCCUAUGCCAGCAUUCCUGCCAUCACAAGGCACAUGAAGGACAUUCACAAAUUCGAUUUCACUAAGAUAAGAGAGAGCCUUGGCUUUUACCAGCAAGUAAAGGUUAUAAACUAUUUACGGAAACAGGUUUAUUUGAACGCAUGUUUUGUGUGCUCAGAAAAGUUCAGCUGUCAUUAUCAACUGUUGUCUCACUUAUCCAGCAAUGUGCAUGACAACAAUGCCAUCGACAAGUCAUGCUGGGAUCAACCACAGUUCUAUUUUCCAACCUAUGAAAAUGACCAACUGCUGUGCACUUUGGAAGAUGAAAACCUGCUGGAAGACUCUGCAGAUGAAGUGAUUGUGCCAGAGGACUGUGCGCCGCCUGAUAGUUGUGUACUUGAGGCACUCGAGAGCAAAGAGUGAAGCUCUGUACACAUCUUUCUUUGUGAACAGCACCUGGUUGGCACUGUUUCGUUUCUUGGCAGACAUUGCUGUGCACACAGAUACAUGCACACAAACAUGUGUGCAGACAGAAAAGAACCGAACCCGUGUUGGGUUUGCAGAGAGUACACCAGGGCACAUGGGAAAAAGCUUAAAAACUGUUGAAUCAGACAUCUUGAAAAACAUAGUAUCAUUUUCUCAUUCGAACUAAAUUUUGGCCAAGUGAAUUAAUGGUUUAAUGAGCACUACUACAAAUGUAAUCUUGUGCGCACUUGAAUGAGAAAAGGAACAAGAAACGAAGAAAAAAAUAUCAUUAGCUUUUUUUUUUUAAUAUAUCCAAGCCUUGCACCACUAACUCUGCAUAUUGUAGGCAGCCUGUGGUGUCUGAAAUAUCCAAGCUGACUGGUCUGUAUGAAUUGUGGUCACAAAUUAUUUGGAAACUAUUUACAUGUCUUCUUGACCUAAGCCUAGGCAGUAGGCUCUAGAAGUGCUUUGCAAAGGCCUAGUUGCAGUAUGGUGCAACAUGUGGUUUCCGGAAUUUCAGGAAAAUUGUAGCCAGUUAUCUGUGGCACCAAGUCUAGAUAAACUAUGAUGUCAGAGUUGCUAGAACUGUGACUUCUCAUAUUGAAAAGCCCAUGUUUUCACUUCGGCUUUCCUUUUGAUCUUCACUUUCUCUCCAGGUCAGAUGUACCCUGUGAAACGUGAUCUUUACAAUAAUAAUUAGACCAGGAAUGUUGUAUAACUUAAUCCUUUAAUUUAACAAGAAAAGCUGCCACUGUACACAUUGGCCGACGUCUUAGUUGUGUUGACCUGUAGAGCACUGAUGUAUGCGCGUCAGGCACUAAUCAAUUUCGUUAAUUGAAAAUUUAGUUUCACCACAUUUCUUGCAUCUUCAGAAUUAUGAAAAAGUGUACAUGUUGCAGAACAUAUUAAAAGUUUUCAAAAUAUAGACGCCAUACGACAACUCGCUAUUCAAACUUCAAACAUGAGAAAAUCAGCUGUUUCGUGUCCAGCAUACUUGGAAAGCACCCACCCACCAACUUGAAAAGUUUGGCAGAUUCCAUGCAUAUGUGUUAAUUGGUGACAAGUGAAGCUUCCCUUGAUGUUUACUGAAACGUCUUCACUCCAUCACUUUUAUGUAUCUCAACGCUUGCUCAAUGCAUGCACUGGUCCUAUAUUUUUCACUCAACUUCCCCAUGCCUCGCUGCUUCUGUUGCCGACUUCUCUGUAACCGACUUCUUCAUUUCUUUGUAGCCCAACACACCUUGCUUAAUGCAUGCUUGGGUCUCAUUUUGUUCCGUUCACUUUUUUCUUCACAGUGCCUCUCAGUCAUGUUGUGGUUUUCUCAUGUAAAACACCAAAAUUAAAUUAUUUUUUUUUUUCAUUCUCCA